AUGUCUACUGCAGAAGGAGCCGGCCAGCGUGAGGAAGGGGAGUACGGAAGGGCGGCGAAACGUCUGAAAACAGAGGAGACGGAGGCGGAUGAGAGAGAGGAGGGGGAAGAGGAGCUGGAGGAGGGGGAAGAUUCGGACUCAGGAUCGCUGCCCGGUAACGGACAGUCGGCGACAGACAACCGGGCCCGGUGGAGCGCGAGCCAGUUCGGAGCGGGAGGGAGGGACAAUGGCGAGGACUCCCAUCGUAUCUCUCCCAGUCCUGUGGUGCAUGUCAGGGGUCUGUGUGAGGCUGUGGUGGAAGCAGACCUGAUAGAUGCCCUGGAAAAGUUUGGACCCAUAUGUUAUGUGAUGAUGAUGCCAUUCAAGCGUCAGGCCUUGGUGGAAUUCUCUGCAGUUGAGAGUGCUGACCGCUGUGUGUCCUGUGGAGCCAAGGAGCCAGUAUACAUAGCAGGCCAACAGGCUUACUUUAAUUAUUCCACAUCCAAAAGAAUCACCAGGCCAACAAAUGCCGACAACCCCAACAGUGGUAACAAAGUCCUCCUGCUGUCCAUACAGAAUCCCCUCUACCCUAUAACAACGGAUGUUCUGUACACCGUGUGUAACCCCAUUGGCAGUGUGCUACGGAUCGUCAUCUUUAAACGAAAUGGAAUCCAGGCCAUGGUGGAGUUUGAGUCAGUUCAGUGUGCUCAGAAGGCCAAAGCAGCUCUGAACGGAGCCGACAUCUAUGCUGGUUGCUGUACACUAAAGAUUGAAUAUGCAAGGCCAACACGUCUGAAUGUUAUUAAGAACGACAACGAGAGCUGGGACUACACAAAACCAUACCUGGUCAGACGAGACCGUGGAAAGGGACGACAGAGACAGGAUUUAGGUGAACACCCAUCAUCCUACAGUGAUAACAGCUAUGGUCCACCAUGCCCCCUGCUGCCACUUCCUGGCAACAGCAGGUACAAGCUCACCUCAGUGGAUGUUCCAGACAUGGUGUCUUACCCGCUACCCCAGUCGUCCUCCUCAUACUCUGGCCACGCCCCUAGUUCUGUUGCCAUGGUUAGUGGCCUGCAUCCAUCCAAGAUGAACUGCACUCGUAUCUUCAACCUCUUCUGCCUCUACGGCAACAUUGAGAAGGUUAAGUUUAUGAAGAGUGUUCCUGGCACAGCGCUGGUGGAGAUGGGAGAUGAGUAUGCUGUGGACAGAGCCAUCACACACCUCAACAGCAUUAAGGUGUUUGGUAAAAGACUGAAUGUCUGUGUGUCUAAGCAGCACGCAGUGAUCCCCAGCCAGGUUUUUGAGUUAGAGGAUGGCAGCAGCAGCUACAAGGACUUCGCUAUGACCAGGAACAACCGCUUCAGCAGUGCUGGACAGGCCUCCAAAAACAUCAUCCAGCCUCCAUCUGCAGUGUUGCACUACUACAACGUUCCUCCGUGCAUAUCACAGGAUCAUUUACUGAGGCUGUGCACGGAGCAUGAUUUGCCCGGCUUUGUCAAAUUCAAGAUGUUUGAUGCCAAACCCUCUUCUAAGACAAUCUCUGGCUUGUUGGAGUUUGACAGUAAGACAGAAGCUGUGGAGGUUCUUACUGUGCUCAACCACUACCAGAUCAGGAUCCCCAACGGGUCCAACCCAUACACUCUCAAACUGUGUUUUUCCACCUCAUCACAUCUGUAACGAGCUGCAGAGCACACAGAGAGCUGCCGGACCUGCCGAUAGCUGACCUCUGACCUGGGGGAGGGAGCGUGAAAGGCAGACACACAGAGCAGUGCAGGAAAGAGUGGAAACUGUCUCACUGCCCACUUUGAGUUUGAUGGCCUUCAGAGGACAGAAAGGACGUGUGAUAAAAGUGUCGAGGAGAGAAAAACUCUGUCACUGUCUCCAGACUAAACAUCAAUGCACAGCCAUCAUCCCAGCAUCCAGUCACAACUGUCCCAGCUGACUGACUGCAUACUCAUGGAGUCAGCCUUCCAUCCUUGAAUCUGUGAACUCGCUCACACUGAAACCUCUGAAGACACCUGAAAUAAGAGUUUCUGUUUAAAUAGAUGACAUAUGUUUCUUGGAAUGAAUAAAUUAAAGUAGAAAUAACUUGCUCUCAUUUAAGGUUUCUUUGUGUGCGUGCAGCAGCCUCACGCUGCUGCUCAGCCUCUGACCAGCUCGUGUGUUUCCUGUAACAACACAGCACCAUCCACAGGUUCACACAUGUAAUCUGGAGAACUACAAGCCAGCUCUGAGCUUCGUAGUUCAUUCAUAAAAUCAAGAGAACUGAUCAUGUAGAUUAUGUGUACUGACUUGUACACAGUAAACUUUCUAAUGGUGACAUGAUCGUAUGUGCUGAGUAAAUUGCUCACGGAGGUAAAUACACCCCCAGCUCUAAGCAGCCAGUCACAAACCUGCUGAGUGACUCUGGAUUGUUGUGGGGUGUUCAGCUCACAGUAGAGCACCUCGAGGCGACUGUUUGCUGAGAGCUGGUGCUGUAUAAAUCAAACUGAAUAUUAACAAUCAGG